UUAUUCAGGGAAAUUGACAUGAAUUUUCUGUUAACUGAAAAUUGUAACUGUACAACACAUAUGCUAGCCCCAGUUUCCACUCGUCCGACCAGUAGAAACAAAAAAAGAUGGCGGACUCAGGUUUACUCGAAAAAGCAAGCUAUGUACCCCGACCACCAGCGGUUUUGUUCUAUCACAAGUCUAUGAGUCAGUUGGCUCAAAGUAUUUGUGAAAGAUGCAGCCAUGCACUGAAAUCACCGAUCGUAACACAGGUAGGACACGUUUGAGUCCCUGUCUACUAACUAUAUUGUUUCACCUGACGUUGUGGUCAAUGGCGAGAGGACAGUGUGUUGAUUGAUAGUAACAGCUGUUUGGAUCCAUAUCUACCCAACUAUCACUAAAUUAUAACAUAAAAAAGAGAAAAUUCCAGAGGAAUUUGUAAGAGGCGUGUGGAUUUUUGAUAACUGGAGUGAAAUUUACGUCAUUAAUGAUUAUUGUUUGGCCAAUGUUCCUAUAAAGAACACUUGACAAAGUUUUUGACAUUUUUUGACACAAUUUUCAAGCAGAUCUAACAGGGGCACCCAACGACAAUUUUCGGAAAAUUACCUGUUCGGAAGACGAUUUGAGGUCUAGAAUUUUCGGAUCAUUUUCUGACAAAUUUCUUGCUUGCCUACCUCUCCUAGGAUUUUCGAACUUCAAAAAAAUCGUAUAAUUGCCCAUUUUUAACGGAUUUUUAUCCUAAAAAGGUCACCUAGAAUUUUCGGGAGCCUUUUUUCUGGCUUAAAUUUUCGAAAAGGUAAAUUUUGAUCCCUAUAAUUUUCGGAUCACUAUACUUUCAGCUAGGAAAUCCGAACGGAUGAAACAUUUUUAGGGGAUAAAAAUAAGCCUUUAUCUACCGUGUAAAUACUAAAGUACGUUCAACAAUGCUAUGUUUAUGUGGUUUUGAACUAUACUCUCGUUGGGUGCCCCUGAUCUAAUCGAAGUCCAAGACUUUUUAUGAGUUUUGUCUUAACUGUAAUUUGCCUCAAUUUGGUACCCUUCCUGACAACUAAGAGACUUUUUCAAACAAGAUAUUCUGCCAGGUUCCCCAUAUUGCAUUUUACAAAAAUAAUUCACACUUAGAGGAGUUAACAGGGCCUUUUAUAGAGUGAAAGGAAGCAACUCCCUACACCUUAUUGUCCGUAUUAUAUUCCUUCUUAUUUUUUGAAUUCUUCAUUUUCUGACAGUUGGUUGUUCCAUAUUUUGUGUCUUUCAGUUUUGCCACCAUGCCCUCCCGUUACCCAACUGUUAAAUAGGCUGGGUGUUACUUUCCGAAUUGUUACAGAAUAACAUCUUUACUUAACCACAUCUUUAUUACAGAAAGGACUUCUUCAGUUUCAACAGAGUGUAGAGCUCAGAUCUGUAUCAUGGCAGCAAUUCCCUGAUGGCUGGCCAAAUUUGUUUAUUGAAAAUGUGAAGCAAGAUUGUGCAGGAAGAGAUGGUAAGCAUUGUCCAACAGAAAUUCCCCAGUUAUGGAACAUUUCCAGAUUUUUUAAAACAACCCAAGCUAUGAAUGUAAGGUCAGAGAAGGAAUGCUUUUAUUUAUUUAUUUAUUUAUAAAUUUAUUUAUUUUCUUGCAGAUAUAGAUUUUUACUAUUAUGACUAUUUUAUUUGCUAUACCAACCUAAAUUAGCCAAGCUAUUUGCGAGUGUUCAUUUUGUAUAUUUUUCAAUCCUUUAAAAUUGCUGAAAUGAAUUUGACUUGUGUACUGUAAGUGACCCGGAAUGUACAUUGUAGCCAGCCAUUUUUCCCUAUUAAGCCCAACUUGUAGAAGUCCUGAAGGGGGUAGAGGGGAGGAUGAAGGGGGUUGAGGACAAAAUAGCGAGACACGAGGAUGCUGAACUGUACAUGUAAACAUCAAAACUACAGCACAGCUGUUCCUGCUUGCUUUAAAAUGUUGCCUACAGUGAGUAGUAAGCAGUGAGUUUUCAACAAAAGCCUUUCUGAAUUCUUUAUCAAGAUCUCUACAGUCGACUCCUGGUAACUCAAACCCUCUAUAACCUCCAGCUAACUCGAAGCAAUUUUCAUUUCCCUUCAGGUCGUUUUCUAUAUAAUUUUACCCUCGAUAACUCGAACUCCCAAUAACUUGAACGUUUUUUUUAUUUCUCUUGAAGGUUCGAAUUAUCGGGAGUCGACUGUUUUUACACCUCCUUAAAUUCAAAAGAGACAUAAAUACCUUUUUGCACUUGACUGGCUUGUGUGCACUACACCUGGGAAUCAGCUGUUUUCUGAUAGACCGCACCAUUUCCAGCGAUGCACAAUGGUGCUUUACAAGAAACAUUCAAAAUAUUACAUGAAAUGGUAACAAAUUAAAGAGAGGAUGGCAUAAGUUUGAUUUACAUGUAUAGGUGCAAUCACUCCCUGUCAUAUGUGAUUACAUGAGCUCAUUUUAACCCCAAUUUUUGUUAAGCUCAGGCUUGCUUAACCCAUUCGCCCCGUAACCGCCCGUAACCACCCGUGUGGAUUCAGGUCCUUUUUACCCUUUGUGAUGUCAUCAGUUUUAACGGUCAAGGACAACUUUCUUCGCUAACUUGUGCAGAGUGAAGAGAUCUUUCAAAAAAAAUGAAGCCUACUAAAUGCCCAGCAAGAGAAAAAAAAAUGAGGCAAGAAAAGCGAAAAAAGAAGGGAGGAGAGAAAGCAAAAAGUAAAAGUCAAGACUGCUGUGUCACUUUCUGCGCAUGCCCGAACUUCGCAAGCUGAUAUUUUGCAUCUGGAUCAGAAGGCCGCCAAGUGUACGACCUGUAAACCGGUUUGUGGUAAGUUUUAGCUCUUUAUAGCACGACAGUGACCAGAAAAACCACUCAACUAGCUUCAAAACGCGUUUUUCGGCAAAAUCUCCAGGAGCGAAUGGGUUAAUGGCUUAAAGGCAGCUAUGCCACUGGUGACAGUAAACAUCUGAUUCUUUUUGCAGUCAUCUUUUUAGGCAGUUUUCACUCCCCAGAAGUUGUAUUUGAACAGCUAUCUAUUCUUUACAAAAUCCCGAGGUAUGUUUAUAGAUACUGAUGUUAAUAGCAGAUUUCACUCUUUUACUUUGAUUUGAAUACCUGUAAUCCUCCUAUCAUCAGAAAAACAAACAACAACAUAAUAUGAACAAGUAUUGUACUGACGUCAUACAUGUAUUAUACUUUUUAGCUGUUUUUUACAAAAGGUGCUUGAAAAUCCAUGGUUUACCUGCUACCUUCCAAUAAACUGUAUUAUCAGAGGGAUGGAGGAGGCAGGGGGUGUGGUAAUAAUAGAUUUGGAAAUAUGUAUUGUUGAUGAGUACAUGUACUUGAGGGAGCAAGGGUGGCACAGUGGUGAGAGCACUCGCCUCCCACCAGUGUGGCCUGGGUUCAAAUCCCGACGUCGACGCCAUAUGUGGGUUGAGUUUGUUGUUGGUUCUCUCCCUUGCUCCGAGAGGUUUUUCUCCGGGUACUCCAGUUUCCCCCUCUCCUUAAAAACCAACACUUUCAAAUUCCAAUUUGAUCUGGAAUGCACGGACACGUUUAAACGAGUUCAUAUGAACUCUUAAGUGCUUCGUGGGUAAAAAAGCAAUUUACAAUUUACAAUUUUUUACACUGUACAUUUCAGGUUACUAGCCAGAUCAUUUACUGCUAUUGUACCCUACUUUCCUACUGGGACAAUGGAAAGAGAAGAAGUAGAGGGUCGAGUUGCCACCGCAAAGGUACAUUGGGGAGGUGGCCAUACCUUAACCUUUGGAGACAGACUCUGUGACACACUUCAGGGUUGAGGCAGCUUGUCAAUGAAAGAUUAUACCCACCCCUAUGAAUGAAGGGC